UCAGCAGCAGCAUCGUGUUGUUACAUCAUCAUCGUCAUCAUUUGUAGCUAUAUCAUCAUCACGUGGCAGGAUCAGUAGCAGGAUCACGAUCAUCAUCACGUGGCAUCAGCAGCAGCAUUCGUCACGUAGCGAUGCAUCGACAACGCUCGAUCCAUUCGCUCACGACACGAGCGACAACACUCCAGGAUUAAGAAUCGAUUAUUUUAAACGACCUGUGUGGUAGGAGGAGAGAGGAGAGAGGAGGAGGGGGGAGGUUUGUCGCUGCAAGUUAAAACCCUGCAGCCACUGGAGGCGCUACAAUGCAAACGCCAUGCUCAUUAAAAAUAAUCGGUGCUCAAGUCGAAUCGCGACAAAUCAUCGAGGUGUGAUUCGUUGCAGGUUGAAUUCUCAUCAGCAUCAUCAUCACAUCAUUGUCAUCAUCAGCAGCGGCCGCAACGGCACAUCGUAAUCAUCGGUAGCGGCAACAACAGCAGCAGCAGCAGCUCAACAGCGACAUCAUCGGCAGGGCACGACUCCAUCGGCCCAGCAUGGGUGCGGAUUCAAUGGAAGUGCCUUUGAACGCGACAUCGCCUAUUCUACCCUCCUACUCCCUCCUGCCAGAGAGCUGAGGGAGGGAGAGGAGGGAAGGGGGAGGGAUAGGAGGGAGGGGGCGGGAGAGAAGACAUUUCCUCCUUAAGCUUCAUCACAUCAGGAAUCAAACUGGACCCAUGCUGCUCUGUGGCCAUGGCACGGAGGACAACCCCUGGAUCCUCGUGGUAAAAUGGUGGACAACUCCACGCUGAAGUCAAGGCUUGACCCGGAAGCAGACGGCCUGCCGAGGGUCCGGGCCCGCAAGGGCCGUCGUCACGGCGACGGGGAGAGCGACAGCGUCCACUCGGACUCCUCCGACUCCUCCAGCUCCACCUCGUCGGCCGCGUCGUCCACCGCGGCCUCCUCCGCCGCGUCGUCCACCUCGGCCUCGGCGGCGGCGGCGGCCGCGGCAUCCACCUCCUCGUCGGUCUGCUCGCCCUCGCCGCCCUCCAGCGCCGCUUCCGCCGAUUCCGGCGGAAGCGGCGGCGGAGGCGGCGGCGGCGGCGGCGGCGGAGGGAAGAUCCGGCGCGACGCUCCCUGCCGGAAGGGCUCGCCCGGCGCCGCCUGCGCCAAGCGGUUCAAGCGCGCGGGGUCGAGCGACUCGGAGCGCAGCGAUGAGGGCUGCCCCCGCACGCCCACGGGGUCGCCGGACGGUGCCCAGCAGCCGGCGCCCGUCGGAGCGGAGCCGGCGGCCGUCGCUCGACGUGGCGCUCCGGCCGCCGCCGUCGUCACCGGUGGCGGCGUGGCGCCGCUCAACCAGAGUCAGCCGCCGACGAAGGCCGUCGCCAAACCCAAGGCACCGGACAAACCGGCGGAGUGGCAGCCCGGGAACCGUAAGCAGCAGCAGCAGCUGGCGCCGGCAAGCGGAGUCUCGGAGGACACCGCGGUCACGGCACCGGCUCCCGACGACGGAAAGUACCGUGUUGGGAACAAGCCUGGGAAGGCGCGCUCUGGUCAGGCCUCGGCAGCUGCUAGCGGCGGCGGCGCCGGUAGCAGCGGCGGAGGAGGCGGUAGCGGCGGCGGUAGCGGCGGUGGCGGCGUGAGCCCCGGUCCCGGCUCUGCCUCGUCGUCGUCAGCCGGCCCGGCGCAGGGCCAGGGCUCGGGCCUUCGCUCGGCCAUCUCGAGCGGCGCGCGGAGACGGCGCACGCGCUGUCGCAAGUGCGAGGCGUGCGUGCGCACCGAGUGCGGCGAGUGCACCUUCUGCAAGGACAUGAAGAAGUUCGGAGGCCCCGGCAAGAUGAAGCAGUCGUGCAUCAUGAGGCAGUGCAUCGCCCCUAUCCUCCCCCACACGGCCGUGUGCCGCAUCUGUGGCGAGGCCGGCAAGGAGGAAGCGGCGGAGGGGGAGGAGGAGAAGUUCAGCAUGACGCUCAUGGAAUGCUCCAUCUGCAACGAGAUCGUCCACCCUGCCUGCCUCAAGAUCGACGAUAAGGAGGGAGUGAUAAACGACGAGCUGCCUAACUGCUGGGAGUGCCCAAAGUGCAACCAGGAGGGCAAGACGGGAAAGCAGAAGCGCGGGCCCGGCUUCAAGUACGCCUCCAACCUGCCAGGCUCGAUGCUGCGCGAGUGCGGCGAGCGGCGACGCUCCGAGCAGGACGACGCCUUCCCGCGCCGGCGCUCCGACGAGGCGCUCAAGCGCGAGCACGCUCGCUCGGACGACGACUCGGACGCCGACUCGCGCUUCGGCAGCGUCGGCGAGGACGACGGCGACGACGGCGGCGCCGACGAGGAGGAGGAAGAGGAGGAGGAGGAGGAGGACGAGGGGCGCCGGCGCGACAGGGACGAGGACGAGGAGGCGGCGGCGGCGCUGGAAGUCUCCGAGGCGGCGGCCGAGUCUGUGGCGGCUGCGGGGGCGGUGACGCCGACCAUCCCGGCCGCGGGCGAUGCCGCGAUGCUGUCGGACCACUCGCCAGCGUCGCCGCCGUCGCCGGCCGGGUCCGCGUCACCGCCGCCACCGGAGCCGCCGCCGCCUCUACCGACCGCCGCCGUCGUCGCCGCCGCUGCCGCUGUCCAGCACACGCCGGCCAACGCCAACCGAAAGGGCACGGAGGAUGGAGGAGUCGUCUCCAAGAAGAGGAAGGAUGUGGACGGGGUGCAGCAGCCACUCGGGCAGAAGAAAAAGGUCAAAGUAGAGAAGGCUGAAAAGCUUCUGAGAAAAAAGAAGCAGAAGGCCGUGGAGGUGAACAAUGGCCGCGUGGAGUCAGGCCACCGGAGGGAUGGCCCGGCGGCCUGGCUCGAGAGGAGAGGCGUGGCCUCGGAGCAGGGCCGCGCGUGGAGGGGGACCGACAAGCAGUCGUCCGCCGCCCCUGACGCGCCCGCUGCUGCCGCGGCCGCCGGGCCCAGCGGUCGCGAAAACGAGCGGAAACCCAACAAACACUCGCGCGACGCUGCCACGGCCGGCAUCACCGGUGGUGGUAGUGGUGGCGGCGGCGGCGGUGGCGGCGGUGUCACCGCCGGGGAGCACCGGUCCAAAACGAGAGACGCUAACGACCGCGUGAGGCCCGCCAAACCGCACGCGACGAGCAAAGCUUCCUCCUGGGGCCUCCACAAACCCGAACAGAACUCUGUCGGCAAUAGCAGCGCGGGUCGCAAUAACGCCAACAACAACAGCAGCAGCAGCAACGGCAACAGCGGCGACGGCGGCGCCGCCGACAGCACGAACAAAAACCACCACGCGCCACUGGUUAAGUCGGAGGAGGACGGCGAGAAUGGCAAUAACCGGACGCCACGUUUGUUCUCGAGUAGCGAGCGGCUGCAGAAGGCGGCCAAGAGCCUCAACGGGAUUCCCCGCGGUGGCCCUGCCGCCAGGCAGCCGCAGCAGCUGCAGCAACUGCAGCAGCAGCAGCAGCAGCAGGCCGCGGGGCUGGCGCAGGCGCCGCCGCGGCUGUGCGGGGUGAACGCGCGGCUCGGUGGCCUCCCGCGGCCGCCUUCCUCCGUGUCGCCGCCCAAGCCGCACCUGCUGGAGAGGCACGUGAUCAAGCCGCCGCUCGUGAGCCCGCCGCCUGACGCCCUGCCGCUGGGCGACGGCGGCUCGCACCCGCUGCGGCGCGAGGCCUGGCUCGGCGUCUUCCGCUUCCUGUCGCACCGUGACCUCUGCGUAUGCAUGCGCGUCUGCAAGACGUGGAACCGAUGGUGCUGCGAUCGGAGGCUGUGGGCCAAGAUCGACCUGAGCCGGUGCAAGUCGGUGACGCCGCUCAUGCUGAGCGGCAUCAUCAAGCGCCAGCCCAGCGCUCUGGACCUCAGCUGGUCCAACGUCUCCAAGAAGCAGCUGGCCUGGCUCGUUAACCGGCUGCCAGGCCUGAAGGAGCUGGUGCUGUCGGGCUGCCCGUGGGCGUCGGUGUCGGCGCUGUGCGGCGCCAGCUGGCCUCCACUGCGGGCGCUCGACCUGCGCUGGGCCGAGGGCGUGAAGGACGCUCACAUCCGCGACCUCCUGUCCCCCGACUCGGACUACACGCCCGGCGCGGAGGACCGGCUGCGUGGCGUGUCGGAGCUGCGUCUGGCCGGCCUGGACAUCACGGACGCUAGCGUGGCACUGCUGGUGCGCCUGGCCGCGGGGCUCGCCACACUCGACCUGGCGCACUGCGCGCACCUCACGGACCAGGCCGUCAACGUGCUGACGGCACCCGGAGCCCCCACUCGCGACACCCUGCGCCACCUCGUCCUGGCCGGCUGUGCCCGCAUCACGGACGCGUGCCUCCCGCUGCUGGUGCGGUGCCCUCACCUGUCCCGCGCCGACCUGCGCUCCUGCAAGCUGGUGACACCCGAAGCCUGCCAGCGCCUCGUCACGGAACUCUGCCCGCAGGGCACCUUUGCGCUGCCGGAGGACCGGCUGAUCCAGCGAGUGACGAGCACUGGCAGCUAGGGACUGGGGCGGAUGGGGGGGGGGGGGGAACGGGUUGGAUAAUGGACGCAAGCGGGGGUCAUGCGGAGGAGCUGCGUGAGUGCGCAUGCCUGUGCGUGCGCGUUUGUCCAUGGGAACGUUUGCGUAAGGAAUUUGCUACAAUGUUUGCUGUAUUUGCUUUGUAUUUUUUUCUCCAUCCGGACUCCCCCCCCCCCCCCCCCCCGGCACCAUCACACUCCUUAAAGGAAACAUGUACAUCUUACAAAUAUAUAUGUGCGUGCGCGUGCGUGUGUAUAUAUCUAUUUUUUAGGCUGGGUUGUACUUGGACCAUUCUCUCGGGAUUUUGUAAGUACGCGAUUGUACGUAUGUAUAUAUAUACGCGCGAAUGAAGGACUGACUAUGCGUGUGAAUUUCCAAGUUCCUUUGAACGACGUUUUUUUGUUUUUUGCGCCACUGAAACUUGGAACCCAGCACGCGGCUUCCCCGACGCCGCCAGAUCACGUCUGGCGGCGGCGGGGACCGCGGCAGCCGGGACAGGGCAGCUGCUGUACGAGUCGUGGUCGUCGAUGGGGUUCAUGGCAUUUUACUAAAUAUUCAUUUACAGAAGUUUGCGAAGGGUGGGGUGGGGGGGGGCGGGGGGGGGGGGGUGCUUUGAUGCGAUUGGCAGUUUGAGGAGAAGGGGUGGCACGGAGCGUGCGUGUGAGCGCGGUGGUCGGUGAGCGCGUGUGAUUUUUUUUCUACGCCUGCAAGUGUAUUUUUGUACGUGAGUGAACAGGGUUGUGUGUGUUUUGCGCGCCUAUUUGCAGGUGAUUGAACGAGCGAGUGUGUGUGUUUGCGUAUGGGCGCGUGUGUGUUUUGUAGUCGUGCACGUGGGAGUGUGUCUGCGUAAGUGCCAACGAAUAAGCGUGCGCGCAAACGAGCCUUUCAUUUCGAGUGCGGUUGAGUGUAGGCGCUGGCGAGUGAACGUGUGUUUUUUGUGCGUAGAUGUGCAUUGGCGCGUGUAGUUUCGUUUGUGUAUAUGUGCUGUAGGUGUGGGUGGGUGAGUGAGCGAGCGAGCGAGCGGACCUCUCUUACUGUUGUGGCUUGCGUGUAUUCUUUGUCUAUAGUUGUGAAUGCGUGCAGGUGUGUUGUCAAUGUGUGUGAGUGAGUUAGCAAUUGAGCACACGUAUUUUGUUGGUAGAUGUGCGGGUGUGUGUGUAGGUGUGAGCGAGCGUGUGUGUGUGUAUGUGUGCGUAGUGGUUCCCACGCUGCGCUACGAACCCGGCGACCCGAGUUCAAUUACUGCUCAUGGCCAACACCAGUGAUAAUUA